GUCAGAACGCUUAUCGGGCCGCUGACGGAGCUCCACCCGCCGCUCCACAGCCUGCAGGGUAAGUGGAGGGGCAGGAGCUCCAGUUGGUGCUUGGCGGAUGACGCGUGAUCAGGUGGAGGCAAAACUCCUUACUGCGGGAGGGGGAGGCUCAGAAAGACUCCUCUUUUUCCGUUGGCAGCAGCUGAAUGAGCAGCACCGACCUCUCCAGGAGCAGCGGCUGUACACCGACGGGCUGCCCCGGCCGCUCAGAACCGUGGAGCGGGCUGCAGGCUGCACUGAGCCCGAGAAGGAGGCUCUGAAAGCGUUUUGCAGGAGCUUCAGGUUGGCAGACGGUGGCAGGAUGCUGUGGUUGCUGUUCUGUCUGCUUCCUCUGGGGGGCAGCAGCAGCAUCAUCGCUCAGGAAGUCGCUCAUAAGGCGAGACACAACCACGCAGAUGCAGCAGCUAAUGUGACUGGGAGGCCUCAGAUCUACUACUGCCGCUCACCCAACAUGGAGGACUUUACCUGCUGGUGGCACCCACUGGACAACCUGACGGCCGGCGAGGAGGUCACCUACGUCUUCACAUACACCAAAGAUAAGGGGCCCAAACAUGAGUGUCCGGACUACAAAUCUGCUGGUCCCAACAGCUGCCACUUCGACAAAAGGCACACGUCCAUCUGGAUGUUGUACUGUAUGAACGUGACUGCUGUGACAGCCCAGAGGAACUACAGCUCCCAAAAGCUCUGCCUGGACGUGGAAGAUAUCGUGGAGACGGAGGCUCCAAUCAACCUGACCUUCUCGUUGACGGACGCCGGCGGCGACGAGGCGGGCCACAGCGCGCUGCUGUCCUGGACGUACCCGGUGCCCGAGGACCUGCUCUAUGGCUGGAUCACGCUGGUGUACGAGCUGCAGUACAGACGGAUCAACGAGGCCGACAACUGGAAGGUGAAGCAUCCGCUGCGCGAGCCUCACGUGGAGCUGCUUGGGCUCCGCGCCGGGGACUACAUGGUCCGAGUUCGGUGCCGAUCACACAACUAUGGCCUGUGGAGCAAAUGGAGCUCCACACUGCUCAUGAGCAUCCCCAACAGUCCACCCACAGGUAAUGUUUUGGUUCUGGUUCUGGUGGUGGGAGUCGGUGUGGUAGCUCUGCUGGUCAUCGCCUUUGGGGUGAUUUCUCAGAGCAGGAGAAUAAAGGACUACUUCUUGCCGCACAUUCCCAAUCCGCGGAUCAUCGGGAUUGAUCCACUGCUUCUAAAGAAGGGGAAUUUUGAAGAAAUAAAUCGUCACUUCAGUAACUUCCACGGCUACAGACCUCCGAGGUACUCUGUGGAGUUCUGGGACCAGGUCAGUGCUGAUGGGAUCUAUCUGAGCACGCCCAAGGACUUCAGCAUUCUGGCUAAUGUCCUGGACAGAGAUAAAGGGACGCCAGUCACCAUCCAGAAUCAGUUUCCCAUCCAGAACCCAUCGUCGUAUUUCCGGAGCGUGCCCUCCUACUGCACCUCGCCUCCUGAGGCUUUCUCUUCGCUGCAGGACACUCUGACUCCGGGGCAAAGGCCCGAGAUGGUGUCUGUUUCAGAAACUGACUACAGCAUGAUGGAGCAUCCCGGCCUUCCAAACACCACUGUCUCAACUCCAAAUCCAGCCAACCAACAGGUCCAGGAUUUCUACACCUGUGUCCAGCUCAUGAGGGACAGUGGCGAAGUCCACCUGGUACCAUGUUUGCCCUCAGUGUACUGCCAGGAGUUUUUCCCAGGUGUGGACGCAGCUAAGAAAGAGGAGGAGGAGGAGAAGAAGAGAAGGAGGCUCACAGAGUACCAGGCAAGGAAGACAAUAAUGAAGGACGAGAACGAGAGGAGUGAAGCCGCCGACCCGCUGCUGCCCAUCGGGGCGGAGGAUACGAGCUAAAGGACGGGAGACCUCUCUGAUCCAACCUGGACUUCUGCUCCGGAUCCGUUCUGUUCCCGCCCUCUCCACGACUCACAAAAAGACCUUUUAGCUCACAAAAACGUCAACCCUGCUUUGGAACCUGUUGGCAGCCAUGUUUCCUGUGGAUGUGAAUCACACUAUGACUGAUUAAUCUUACAAUAAGUUUAUAAAAUGACUGCUUCUGGUUUUGGUCUCAGCAAGUUUGUAAAAUCCACAUUUUUUAGGAGCAAAAAUCCCAAUAGGCACUCCGCCCAGAAGAAGCUGGACUUCCUGAUUAGUUUGGUUGUGAAUUAUGGGUAAUGUAGUCCAUGAAACUUGCAUUUUUAAAUAGGCCAGGCUAUUCAGGGUUGUCUCUCUCAGGAAACAGGAAGGUGUGGUGGCGUUUGAUGAAGAGGAUUCAGGUUUUCCACAUCCAAACCCUGCUGGUUUUAACUCCUCUUCCAGGAGAUUCACGUAAGGUUCACGCCAAUAAAACCCAAUGAAAACGCAUUUUAUUUCCACUUCACUCUCAAUGUGCACUCACUCCUUAAUUAUCCACGUGCUGGGAUGCGAAUAGGUAAUUAUCCGGAACAUGAAGGGAGUCUAAGUGGACCUUGAGAUUCGUUUGUCUUAUUAUCAUCGGUGCUGAUAUGUCCUCAAAACAUUUUUAAUACCAGCAGAUUUUAUAACAAACACAAAAAAUCAGCAAUUAAAUCCAGAAAUAUGUAAGCAAGAUGAAUUAUUUGUGGUUUUGGUCAAACGUCUAUAUGUCUCUUUAUGUUCCUGCAAAUAUAAAAAGGUUUGUUCCAAUGCAAUGCAAAGCUAGCUGCCUCUUUAAACAUAGCACAAAUAUAUUUUUCUAAUAAAUCACUGCCGUUCUGUGUGACACUGUUAGCAAAACAGAUUUUGUAUAUUGUGGAAAAGCUAAAUGACCGAUCUCAGGUAGAGUUUUGUCUUUUUCUGACACCUUGAAGACAAACUGAAUCAUAAACCAGAAGGUCUGACAGGAAGUAGGAGGAAUGUGUUUCAGCUGCUGCUUCUGCUGGCCAUUGGUGCUGGGGGUCGGGUCGCCUUCAUCUUUUUACUUGGUUGUGUUUAGUACAGGGUUCCUACAGUCUGGAAAAGUCAGGAACUGCAUUUUAGUGUUUUCUAGUUUUUGAUAAGUUUGGCAAAAGUGAGAAUAUUUAUGGAAAAUUGUAUUUUCAGAGAUGAUUCCCUAUUCCAUUGUUUAAACAUUGUCCUUCCUUCCUUCAUGUCAAUCCUUCCUCAUAUACUUCCCACUUUCCUCUAUUCCUGCCUUCAAUCCUUCUUUCCUUCCUGCCUUCCUUCCUUCCUUCCUUAUCUAGAAGAUUUUAUGUGUAAAUCGAGUCCACUAUUGAAAUAAGUGCCAUACAUUUAUGGUAAACCUUAAUAUUUAGGAGAACCAUAAAGGAAAGUUAAAUCUGGGUUUUGUAACACUAAAACAUACAGUAAGGCUGUCAUUUAAAAGCCACACUCCAUACUUGUAGAUCUUAUUUUAGGAUGUUGUCACCACGAUCCAACCAUUACAGAUUUGUUUGUCCAGUCACUGUGCUGAAGUCCUGACCCGGUUUAUCAGAACAAUCGGACCACAGCUUGAUGAUGACUCUCUCUCUGUCAGUUCAGAACAGCAGUGUUUUUGGAUUUUUCCUAUUUGUAGAAAAUCGUGCCACAGGUUCCUCCAUGCACCAAAGCAGAGCCACUGACAUUCCUCCAGUUGGUUAAAAACUGGAAGCGCAGCGUUGUAGAUGAUCCUGUGACCCUUUAGUGUUUGAUGUGAACCAUGUGAAGGAUCAGUGGAAGCCCCUUCCUCCUGCCUGAUGUUGGGAACUCCACAGUCCACAGCGAUGUUUUGUCUCUGCAGUCUCGUAGUCGCCGUCAUCUCUUUGUGCCUUUUGUCUCUCAGAGCGGUGUUUCUCUCUUCUACACCUCUGUGAGCGUCUGAUGGGUGAACAUCUGCAGUUUCAGGAAAGCAGCUCGCUCAGUGUCGGUGAACUUCUCCUUUUUGUUUGCUACUGAAACAGAGCUCCAACUAAAUGAACUUUGGGUUUGAUGUAAUACAAGGUAGAAAAGCUCCUGAAUUUAUUUUUGAUUUUGUUAAAUUGUUCAAAGUUACUGAUUGUAAGUGGAACGGCGACUUUUGGUGCCUAUACAAAAGUAGUGACUUUGUAACCUUAUAAAUAAAAAAAAGUUAAGACAAUCUUCUUAACCUGGUUUAAAUAAAUUGAGGGUAUCUGUGAAGACGACUAAACUUUAGAUGAACUUUCCCUGAGUCCUCUCAAAGACUGAGUUUAAAUAAUGUGCGUCCGACAUUUAUUUCAGUGUUAUAAUGGACCUGGAAGCGUUAAUCUGCUGUGUGUGAGAUGAACGUCUGUUUUCAGGGUUUCUGUUCACCUCCUUUCACCCUCUGUAGAGUUGUGUUGUUAUGUGUCAUCAGCUCAACGCGCUUUACCAUCAGAGUAAAUAAAGUCUGUUCAUAUUCA